AAACCCGCCUCACUCGUCCGCCGCCUCCUCUCUCGUUUGUAAACAUAUUUUGUAUCGUUGAAACGCAACUAAAAGUUACUUCGUAAGCAGACACGUUAAAAGUAGCGGAAGUUUGUAUUUGUUUCGCUGCUACGGGAGCCGCUGGGGGUCAACUCUGUGCGGGGAGCGACCCUCCGCCCUGAGCCCGAAGUCCGGAGCACAACGGACCGCCAGCGAAGCGACGGUACCUCGGAGGAGCGUGUAACCGGCACACACGGCCUUCCCACCGGGUAGAGGCAGUCCGCUGAGCGGGACAUUUGAUGGGAGGACACUCUGAGUAGAAAGAGCAAAUUGUCUCCAGCUACUGGUUUUGACUUCACCCGAGUGCGUAGGUUUGUGAACUGACAACAUGCGUUCCAGUGGGGACGGACCAGUCAGCCCCCCUGGCCCACAAGGCACGGGCAGCAGCAACAACAACAACAACAACAACAACAACAACAGCAGCUAUGAAAGCAGUGGAAACUCUGGUUCCCAGUAUGCGCUGUGUGCUCUGGGCGUCGGACUGGUGGCCCUCGGUAUCGUGAUGAUCGUGUGGAGCGUGGUGCCGCCAGACGCCGGGAACAACAGCAACAACAGCAGCAGCAGCGGCGGCGGUUCGGGAGGCGACGGUAGUACGAGUGGGAGGAAGCAUAAAGCGUCCUCCGUGGCCUUUGUCCUGGUGGGGUCCGGGGUCGCCAUGCUGCUGCUGUCUUUGUGUCUGGGAAUGAGGAACAAACAGCGGGAGCAGCAGAGGCUUCAGGAGGCCCAGAGCCGCGGAGGCGCGGCGACGAGGGAGCAGGAGGAAAGACAAACUGCCGAGGAACAAGCCCAACGUUACGCCGUACCCAGCUAUGAAGAGGCGGUCUGCAGCGGCCAGUACCCCAUCAGCCAGAGCAACCUGCGCCCCAGCAGCUCCCAGCUACCGUCCUACGACGACCUGGUCCAAGUCGACGGUGUGCAGUACGAAUUCGAGGGGUCGGAGGUCACGACGACCGGAGCGCCGCCGCCCGCUCCGGCUCCGCUGGCGCCCGCCGCUGCUGCCUCCGCGUCGAACCGCAGAGCCGGGAAAACGAGCCGCAAGCUCCUCCCCAUCAAGAUCCGCAGGAUCAAAUCGGAGAAGCUGCACAUGAAAAACCUUGACAACUCUCAGCCAGCUACUGGGUUCAGUGUAGAGCCGCUCACCCCGCCCCCCCAGUACGAAGACAAAGUGCCUCCCAUUUAAGAGCGGACCCAUCGUGUUCAAAACAAUCUACUGAAAUCCCUGGAAUCCUCCACCAUCACCUUCCUGUGGAUCUGUGUGACCCCAUUGUGGGUCCAACUUUCUACCACCAGCGCUUUACUGGACGGAGGCUCUGACACCGUUUUAUUAUGUUGAGCGAGUCUACUAGUUUUUUUUGUUUUGUUUUUAGUAGCUUUUGGUUCAGGAUAUUUUCUUUGGAAAAGCCGAAACACGGCACUGUUCUUCCCUUCUUCCCACAAACUAGGAUGGGCAGCAGGUGUCUACUUAUGACCCAGAUAAAACAAAUCUUUGUUAGCACUUAUCAUCUCUAGCUCCCGUGACUCUUGGCCGUAGGCACUCUGCCACAAACCCAAUGGAAAUAGUAUUAGAAUUCUAACAAAAUAGAACUUGCGUUAUCUUACUUAGAAUAUCAAGGCACUCAAACAUUACUGUCCUGUAUAGUAAAGUAUAUUUAAUAGAAAAAUCCAGUUUCGGGAUUCUCCACAGAAAGACUAAAGGCGACUUGAGGCGUGUUUAUAAAGUGGAUGGAUUUAUUGUUGGUUGUAUCAUUGAACGCGCCGUGACGUGGUAACAUUACUUCCUUACAGCUGUGUUGAGAAACUGUGACCCACAAGGGCUGAAAGACACUUGUGAGAUGCGUUAUCUUAUGGAUUUGUCAUGGAUGACGUGUUUGCAAACAGCUCGGCUUACUGGCGAAUGAGAUUAGCACCCCACUCCAGCCAGCCGGUCAAUGAAAGUCCACACUUUUUUGAAUCACAGCAGCUUCUUCAGCUCACUAUUGACCUGUUUACUUUGCCCAGUGUUGCUAGACGGACUCCGGCGUGCAGUCACAAGGUGCAACCCCCCCCCCCCCCGUACAUUCAGAAGCGUAGACCUGUUGCAUGUCAGUUGGGGGGAGAAAAGGCGGGAGGGUUUUCCGAUGGAUUCAUACGCACUGGUGCGGCGCCAAUGGUCACCAUUAGGUUUGAGAAAUCAAUUUCUCAGAAGUUGACGAUGUGAUUUCAUGGAAUGUUUAAAGAGUUGCUAAUGCUAACUGACCGCAGCAAACUGAGUUUGCCCUGCGGCCGUACACACUAAAGUGUGCAGUUAGGAGCCUUCGUGUCGUGUGACUGAACCUGAGCUCCUGCGUCGCGCUUCUUGCUUUUCGCUCCUGUGGUGAGGAAGGAGCCCAGCGGUAAAAGGGGCCCUUGUGAAUAGUUGAAUGUCACAAAGACAACCAGAGCUGCAAAAGGCCCCCUCGCUCCAGACGACCCGCAGACAGACCCUUUGACAGUAACCGUAACCGUCGCUCACCCGCCGGCCCCAUCGGGCUUUUCUCCAACCGAGGCUCGACUCGCGGCCCCCUGUCUCCGCUCGGAAAGUAUGAGGGGAAAGAGCAGAGAACGGAGCCAGCUGUUCAGGGAUCUGGUUUGAGGUCUAGCACCAUGCGCGGUUUACUGUGGUCUUCUUCGCGUCGGACUUGUUUUUCAACAGCUGAAGCCAAGUGGCAGGAGGAUUUUUUUCUGAAGACGCACAACUCAUUUCGCUUUGACGUCGUCGGCCAGUUGUUCUCCGCGUUGUGGGGGAGGUCGUCUGGGUUCAUGCAGGGGAAGCUACCGGGCCACGUUUUAUAUGUUUUCAGGUUCAUGUACAUUUCACGUCUCUAUUCCUCUGACCUUGUCUCCAAAGUGGCAAGCUGUCAUGUAUUGUAUUCAUUCUUCAUUGUGUCGGUCAUGCUCAGUACCACAAGGCAAUGUACCUCAUUUGCAAAGGACCAGUUGACUACAUGGUUGAUUUUUUUUAUUUUUUAUUUUGUAGUCAAAAUGUUUUACAUUGAUGAAAUGAGUGUUUCGAUUACGCGGUCACUUUCUGUUUUACUUUGUGUCCAAAAAACAUGCUGUUUGUUCAUUUAUUGAUUUCAUUUUAUUACUUAAGUCUGUAUUUCUUCUACUGUGAAAAUGUACUAUUCUAUUAUAAUUUUGUUUGUGGAAAAAAACGUUGUCUCAUGAAUAUUUAUAAGAAAUUAAAGUAAGUAUUUUUAACUAA